GUUCGCGCAUGCGCCGAAUGGCGAUAUUUCAGUGAAUAAUCUUUGAACUAAUAUUUUUUAACUAUGAAUUUUUGUCGUUAGCUUGUAUUUACGUCGGUAAACUAGAAAUUAAUUUAAUUCAGUAGUUUAAAUAAUAAAAUUAGGACUUUUGCAAAAAUAAUUCUAAAAGUGCUUAAAGUGUACCAUUGGUGGCCAUUACAAAACCUAAACUUUUUUAUCAAGACAAAUGUCCAUUUGAUUUGAUGUUUCGGCGACGUUGUGCAGCUAAUCAAAAGUAACAUUCCCCGCAAAAGAGGAGAAUGAGUUUAUGGUAACAAAAAUGAUUUUGAGAUAAAUUCCCAACAGUGAAUUUGUUAAAUAGUGUACAAAAAUAUAAAAAAAGCAAUAUUUAAAAAGUAGUGAUUUGAAAGUGGCGUGUACCGUGACAUGGGGAUUAUGUGCUGGUGUGAAUAUUCUUGGAAGCUGUGGUGACAUGGACUGCAGGGGUGCGGCCAGGGAAGCUGAACUCCAGGAGUGAUCAGUGUGCUCGGCAUAGCACCUGCACCAGACCCUAGUAUUAUGAAUAAACGAGACAGCAAUAAGGAAAAGGAACGUCAAAGUGACGAUAAAAGAACUUCUGCCGCGACCGGUGCGGUGGGCGGGCGCGGCGUGGGCGGCAGCAGCGCGAUGCACACGUCGCGGCACUCGGUCACCUCCUCAUCGGGGGUGCUCAUGGUGGGGCCCAACUUCCGCGUCGGCAAGAAGAUCGGCUGCGGCAACUUUGGUGAACUUAGGCUCGGGAAGAACCUCUACAACAAUGAACAUGUAGCGAUUAAGAUGGAGCCUAUGAAGUCCAAGGCUCCACAACUACAUCUAGAGUACCGAUUUUACAAGUUACUAGGCACGCACGCCCCGUCGACAGCGGAAGGUAUCCCCGAGGUGUACUACUUCGGGCCGUGCGGUAAAUACAAUGCCCUCGUGAUGGAGCUCCUGGGUCCGUCGCUGGAGGAUCUCUUCGAUCUGUGCGGCCGACGAUUCUCUCUAAAGACUGUAUUAAUGAUCGCCAUGCAGUUGCUGCACCGCAUCGAGUAUGUCCACACGAGGCACCUCAUAUACCGAGACGUGAAACCGGAGAAUUUUUUAAUAGGUAGAGCAUCCACUAAACGAGAAAAAGUCAUUCACAUCAUUGAUUUCGGUUUGGCCAAAGAAUAUAUAGACUUAGAGACAAACAAACAUAUCCCAUAUCGGGAGCACAAGUCGCUCACCGGGACCGCGAGAUACAUGUCAAUAAAUACACAUUUAGGGAAAGAACAAUCGAGACGCGACGACCUAGAAGCCCUCGGGCAUAUGUUUAUGUAUUUUUUACGUGGUUCCUUACCCUGGCAGGGAUUAAAAGCUGAUACACUUAAAGAGAGAUACCAAAAAAUCGGCGAUACCAAACGGGCAACACCUAUUGAGGUGUUAUGCGAAGGUCACCCCGAGGAGCUGGCGACGUAUCUCCGCUACGUGCGCCGGCUGGACUUCUUCGAGACUCCAGACUACGACCAGCUGCGGCGCAUGUUCCGUGAUCUGUUCGAGAGACGCGGAUACGUAGAUGACGGCGAGUUUGACUGGACCGGCAAGACGAUGUCAACACCGGUGGGCUCAAUCCAGACUGGGCACGAGAUCGUGGUGUCGCCCAACCGCGACCGACAUCAGCCUUUCCACAAGGGAGCCGUUAAAGAUACUGGAACGGGUGGCACCGCCAAUACUGGCGGUAACUGGCCUCACAGCGGGAAAGCCACGCCUCUAACUGCAGGCCAUUUGACCCCAGCUGAUCGGCAUGGAUCUGUACAGCUAUUGAAGAAUAAGCAUUUUCGGUAUGUGAAAUUUCCCGGAUCCGUUUCCACGGUGGUGAGCUCGACAAACGGCGAGCUGGGGGCGGACGACCCGACGGCGGGGCACAGCAACACGCCCAUCACGCAGCCCCAUCACGAGGUCGACGUCGUUGACGACACCAAGUCAGUGUUUCAACUGCAAUCCGUUUAUUCCAGGUGUUGCUGUUUCUUCAAGCGCAAAAAGAAGAAGUGCGCGGCGCGCGCGGGCAAGUGACGCGUGUGCACGUGACCCGCGCACUAGCCCCGCCCCCCGCCACGCCCGACACGCCCCCAGCUCCACCCCCGCCACGCCCACACACUGCGCACUGCCAUCCACCAUCUCACACACAGUACAUCUACGAAUACGAACGAAUAUUCGGACAUAUCUGUGAUUCGUUAUCCAUUUUAUUACUCACAUCCCCAACAUUUGAUAUCUUAAGUCAAAGUAUUGUACACAUUUCUUUGGAUUUGAUAGAUAGGACUAUAUAAUAAGUAUUCAGUUCUCAUUGAAAAUAACAAUCACACGUUUAAUGUCCAUUUCGAUUUCGCUAAUACUCACUUUUUAUUUAUUCCUUUUGAAAUACAUCGUGAUGUGUUAAGCGUGUGUUUUUGAAUGUAGAUUGGUCGAUUGUGACGUCACUUUCACUUUGACUACAUCGAUUGCGAUCCAAAUUAUACGCUGUUACAAGUAAAAAUAUAAACUUUAAACAUUUCAUUUCAAAUUUGGUUAAAUUAUAAGUUAUCCAAAUAAUACAAUUUUACUCAUAAUUUAAAAAAACCCUAAAGGGUUCUGUACCUUGGAAGGGAAAACGGAACUUCUUCAGGAUCACUUAGUUGUCCAUCUGUCUGUGUGUCAAGACCAUUUUUCACAGGAACGCGUAGAGGUAUCAAUCUGGAAUUUAUAUCAAGUACUCAGGUCUACUACUGUACUGCCAGGUCUACUGUCCCUUGGUGUUGUGAAAAAUCAAACUUCUAAGCAAACGCAAUCAUAAGAUACAGUUUACGUCGCAAAUUUUCGACACUCGCAAGGCAAUUAAAACCUACAGGGUAUUUCCCGUAAACUCAGAAUAUUGAAAUUUAGUACGAAGCAACGUCUUAUACCACAGAUAAAGGAAAAAUUGCAAAAAACCCUAAAUUUUACUAAUUAGAGGUUUGUACGGAACACUUUAUGCUUACGGCUUCGUACUUUUUACAAGUUUAUAUUUUAAUUUGAAACAGCGUGUACUUUUAUUUCUUAUUACAUUAUUUAUCGUAGCUUUGGAUGGCAGUGUCAAAAUCAACUCCACGUACUAUGCUACUCCGAUCAUUUCCUUGCGCUUAGUAUAAUCAAAUUUAUCCGACAUCUGUCAUUGUGACAUCUGUCAUCGUGACAUUCGUCAUCGUGACAUCUACGUGUGAAUAAAGACUUAUGACUGUUGUAAACUAUUGCUAGUUUAAAAUAAAUCAAUUUUAGAGUUAUUCAAUGGAAAUGUUAUCAUAUUAUAUAACCACUUAUUAAAAUCUGAAUAAUGUAAUUUUUAUUUUCAACACUAGCAAUAAGUAUGUCCCAAUUAAUGGCUGAAAUGAUAUAGAUAACUUGCGUAUUUAUUGAAAGGGCAACACUGUCUUGCAUCACAUGAUCUUUUACUAUAACUUGUAGCAGCUAGAGAAUGACAUAUUAAAUACAUUAACGUAUUAACAAACUUUAUCUUUUAUUUCAUAUGUAUAUACAGUCGGGGACUUUUAUUUCCUACCCACGGUGAAAUGUCACGACCAAUGUAACUCAAACAAGGAUAUUUGUGACAGAGAGAAGUGCAGCUGCUUUGGUUUGGUCUCUCGGAAAAUACGUAAAACCUACAUAGAAAAUGGCAUAAAAAAAUAGAAUAUGACAGCCACAGUAAAAAAGGAUCUUGUGACACUUUUUGACAUUGACAGGAGGGCGCUAGUGAGCUGUCAUAAUUUAGUCAGACUUAUGCCAACGGGUCAGAUAUCC